CGACAGGUCUUACCGGUUUAUCCCGAGUUGUAACGUGAAGCUAACUUCCCUUCCUGCCGUGUAGUGUCGUGAUUCUAGCAGCUCUUGUAGUCUUGGUGACGGAGAGCUACUCAUACUACUCACGUCACCUGCCAUGUUCAAGAUCCCCUAAUAACACCGUCUGGGAUGCUUUUUUAUUUUUUAUUUGACUACACUCAUACCAAGACAACGGUGGAAACCUACAUGACUGGAGAAAUGCAUCAUCAUCAGAGCAACACACCCCUGUCCUGGCUAUGAAGUUGAUUCAACAAGAAAAUAGGGUUACAGGAGAAUUGUGAUAUAAUGAUACAUUGAAGAUCUAAAAGAAAAAAAAAAAAAGUGGAUGUAUUUCAUCAACACUACAGCAGCACUGGAUGAACAAAAGAUUGACCCAGGCAAGAAGCAUAUGUGACUGGAGUUAAAGGUGUCUUGGCCUAAAUCCCCCCCCCACACACACCUUAAAGAUAAAUACUGCAAGAUUAACACUGUAGCCAUGCACAGCCCUGCCCCUGAUAUCGUGGCAGGUUAUCCAAGUGGAUGCCUGGCAGAUAAAGAUGCAAAUCCAGAGACAACCUUGGGGAGUGCCUACUCUCCAGUGGACUACAUGAGCAUCACCAGCUUCCCGCGGCUGCCAGAGGAUGAGACGCAGUCUGGGGAAAACACCCUUAAAUCGCGCAAAGAUGAUGACAAUGCCCUGAGUGAGCAUGACACUGACCCAGAUCUGUUCCUGAAGUCAGCUCGCCUCCAGCGUCUCCCCUCGUCAGCUUCGGAAUUGGCUAGCAAUGAUAUGGCAUCCUUGCGGGAGACCACCAGAGACCCCUUUGUAGAAGACUGUGCCUGCCAGCGAGAUGGACUAACGGUCAUCAUCACAGCGUGUCUCACUUUCGCCACUGGAGUCACAGUAGCUCUCAUCAUGCAGAUUUACUUUGGAGACCCACAGGUCUUUAACCAAGGGGCAGUGGUAACAGAUGUGGCGCAGUGUACAUCCCUUGGCUUUGAUGUUCUCGGGAAACAGGGGUCCAGUGUUGAUGCCGCCAUCACCGCUGCCCUCUGCUUAGGAAUUGUCCACCCUCACACCUCUGGUAUUGGAGGCGGUGGAGUUAUGUUGGUGCAUGACAUCCGUAAAAAUGAGACAAGGAUCAUUGACUUCAGAGAGACGGCGCCGUCUGCCAUACAAGAGGAGAUGCUGCAGAGGAACCUUGAUGUUAAUUCGGGCCUGCUUGUGGGAGUACCGGGAAUGCUUAAUGGGCUGCAUCAGGCACACCAGCUCUAUGGCAGGAUAUCUUGGAAUGAUGUUGUUACCAUGGCAGCAGAUGUGGCCAGAAAUGGAUUUAAUGUUACUCAUGACCUCGCUGAAGCUCUGGCUAAAGCGAAGGAUCAAAACAUGUCAGAUGCAUUUCAGGACUUGUUCCUUCCAAACGGACAGGCUCCCCUCUCUGGGCUUUUCUCCAGACGUCUUGAUUUGGCAGCCAUCUUAGAUGCAGUCGCUGUCAAGGGGAUAUCUGAGUUCUACAGUGGAAAUCUGACGCAGGAAAUGACGGCAGCAGUUCAAGCAAGAGGCGGCGUGCUCACAGAGGAUGACUUUGGAAGCUACGCCACAGUGUUACAGCAGCCAGCAGAGGUCAUCUAUCAAGGACGCCAUGUGAUGACGGCCCCAGCUCCACAUGCAGGUGUUGGCUUGAUCACUGCUCUGAACAUCCUGGAAGGCUUCAACAUUACCAGCCAGAUGCCAAGGAACAGCACUCACCACUGGGUGGCAGAGGCUUUAAAGAUAGCUCUUGCUCUGGCUAGUGGGCUGGGAGACCCCAUGAACUCUUCUGUGUCUGAACUAGUCAUGAAGAUGCAGAGUAAAUCACAAGCUGACUUUUUCCGCCAAAUGAUAAACGACUCUCAGGCCUUCCCUGCUGACCAUUAUACUCCCUCUUUCACCUUGGAGGAGGGUGCAACAGCUGCCCAGGUCAUGGUCAUGGGCCCAGACGACCACAUCGUGUCCGUCAUGAGCUCUCUAAACAAACCAUUUGGCAGUGGGAUAGUGACUCCUUCUGGAAUCCUCUUAAAUAGCCAGAUCCUGGACUUCUCCUGGCCCAAUAAAACAAAAAGCUCAUCACCUAACCCACAUAACAACCUGCAGCCUGGGAGGAGACCCAUGUCCUUCCUGAUGCCCACCGCCGUGAGGCCUGCCGUGGGGUUAUGUGGCACAUACUUAGCUGUUGGAUCUUCCAAUGGAGAAAAAGCUCUCAGUGGAAUCACACAGGUGCUUCUGAAUGUUCUGUCUUCACGUAAAAAUAUGAGUGACAGCUUAACAUUCGGAAGACUCCACCCGCAGCUGCAGCCCAACAUCCUUCUGGUGGACUCUGAGUUUUCAGAGGAAGACGUGGAGUUGCUGCAGGCCAAAGGUCACAAGGUUGAGAGGGCAGAAGUUCUCUCAUUGGUGGAGGGCACUCGCAGAACCAAUGACCUCAUCAUUGGGGUGAAGGACCCUAGAAGUGCUGAUGCCUCUGCACUCACUAUGUCCAACAUGCCCUAGUGUAUGGCUUGUUCCCUCAACACUUGACAUAAUGAAGAAGUGGUAAGAGUAACACUGUAGGGUUUAUGGUUAGAGAGGGAAUACCUGCACGUCAAGUUAUACACUAAAUAUAAGAUAACAGGGAAGUUCGACAUCUUGACUGUCGCUGCACUUUGUCUGAGAUUACCUUGUAGAGAUUUGAAAAGGAUCCUGGAUUGUCUAAUUGUUCAGUCACGCAAACCUACAGCGUAUCAUCAUCUCACAUCCUGAUGUUAGCAUGCCCUCUCUCACAGCCUCAAGCAACAUCCAAUGCCCAUGUGUAUAGUAGAUAGUGUUAAUGUCCUAUAUUACAGGGAACAGGCCAUAGAGAUAUAAGGCGCAUUAACUGAUUUAUGUCUGAUGGAUUCCAGUUCCCCUUACAGAGUACAAAAAAUGUGCGGUAUGGAGGUUUAGACUGUAUUCUUUUGUCUGAAGUGACAAAAAGAAAAGGGGAAACUUUCACUGCACUAAGUGACAGUUUGUUUCUGGCCUAUGAUGUACUAAGCAUAUACUCUCACUCUAAAUAAGGGAUCAGGAACUGGGAUGGAAAUGUAUUUAAUGAACAAAGCGAUCUUGAACCAAAAUGGGAAGACAUGAAGGAAGUAAUGAUGUCACACCAGGAAACCACCGCUUGCCCCAAAUGCAUGGUCUUGGGUGUACUGACCCACCUAACGUUCUUCGAAAUGAUGAAGGUAAUUCAACUAAACAUGAGAGAAAGCAUUGCACUAUCACACCUUAACCUAACUUUAAAAACACAUCAAAGAGGCUAAACCAUUUACCCUCCUGUUCUUUAAAUUGUAUUUAACUGUGUUUAGAUGUUGUUUGGUACAGCUUCUGGAGUUUUAACUGUUGCAAAUGAUUAAAGGCUUCAUAGGACCAUGUUUAGAAUAAUACAUAAUUAAAACAUACAGAAAUACAGCAAGAUUUUCAGAUUUUAUUUUAUUUCCUUAAGAUUUAGCUCACAACUUAACAUCUGUUAUUUAAUAUGAAUGGUAGAUUAAGUGUAUGGUUUAAAUAUAAAUUGUAUUUGUUCUCAGUUAAAGCUUGUGGCUUACUUUUUUAAAUUAACCAGCAAUUCUUGUUUUUACAUUGGAAAUGCUCAGAUUCUUUAAAAAUUGAUUGAAUGUAAUCUGUCUAUUUUAUAUGAAUAUUUGUUGGGCUGUAUGUAUUUUUCGAGUGUUGGAACAAAAUGCAUUCAACAAGCACAUUUGAGAAAAAGGCUGUUCAUUUUUAUUCUGUGUACUUGUUCAUUUUUUUUUUUUUAUUAGAAAGUUUUGAAGUUUUGAACCAUCAGCUUAAAAAAACGGCAUCAAAAAGUGAUUUAUUUAAAAAUGACCAGUGGUCUCCACUCAAACAUGUUGUUAACUUCUAUUGUUGGCACUAGUGCAAUAUGACUGUUGAUGCUUGUUUCCUGUACUGUAGAGUACCAGCCUUUAGGCACACAUUUGCAAAACACUUGAUGUUUUUUUUUCUUUUAAUUUCAUGUGCAUUUGUAUCUGUUUUAUUUUUAUUUUUUUCAUUUAAAGAAAUCAGCUGUCCAAACCCAGGUAUUAAAAUGUUUGCAUACAUCCUAA